CCCCCCCUCCACAGGACUCAAUAGAUCACGAUGCAAUACGUACGGACACCACAGAUGGAUCAGACGAUCGCAAGGUUCCCGACGUUAAGCACGCGCGAAUACAGGGCCCACAAGGCCAAUGUCCAUACAGUCGGCUGGAACUCGGAUGGUAGGAGACUAGCCUCAGGAUCCGUUGAUAAGACGGCCCGUGUCUGGGCUCCAGAGAGAACUUCAGAUCCUCGUAGCUCACAGGAAUUGCGCGGACAUACCGACAGCGUGGAUCAACUCGUCUGGGAUCCUACGCAUCCCGAUCAUCUUGCCACAGCCAGCUGCGACAGAACCGUUCGUAUCUGGGACGCACGAUCUGCAAAAAGCAUUCACAAGAUCGAUACCAGCGGACAGAAUAUCAACAUCAGCUGGAGUCCGAACGGUCAAAGCAUCGCGGUUGGAAACAAGGACGACAUGAUCAGCUUUAUUGACACACGAACCUUCAAAAUCGAACAAACCGUCCAGUUCAAGGUCGAGGUCAACGAGAUCAGCUGGAACCCAACAGGGAAUUUGUUCCUCUUGACCACCGGACAGGGAACCGUCAAGGUCUUGAGUUAUCCAUCCAUGAAGGAACUCCAUGCUCUUGAGGCCCAUACCGCGAAUUGUUAUUGCUUAGAAUUUGAUCCGCGUGGAAGAUAUCUGGCUACUGGAAGCGCAGAUGCUCUUGUCAACCUAUGGGAUCUGGAAGAAUACAUUUGCGUACGGACAUUUGGAAAGCUAGAUUGGCCUAUUCGAACCAUCAGUUUCAGCUUUGAUGGCGAGUUCCUAGCCUCUGCCUCGGAAGAUCUUGCCAUCGACAUUUCCCUAGUCGAGACCGGUGAAUCCGUCCAUACGAUCGCAUGCUCUGCAGCCAUGAACACAGUGGCCUGGCAUCCAAGCAAGUACCUGCUCGCCUAUGCUGGCGAUGAGCAAGAGUCAAGACCGGGCGGUGGGUCCGUCAUGCUAGGAAAUCUGCGCGUAUUUGGCUUCAGCGGUUGAUCCACGUUUUUGCACAGAAAGCAAGCAGGCACUCUUCAUUAGAAAACUUCAGCUGAUAAAAUGUACAUGUACAAUAUACUUUCAACAU